AUGAGGUUUUGCGCGCACCUGCGUGGGCUCCGGCUUCUGCGCGCGCGAACCCAAGGACGUUCCGACCGCCCCCGCCGCGACCGCGGAGCCGCACGUUCGAGGAGGUGCAGUCCGCGGAGAGCAAACGUCGGGCGGGCGGUCCUCUGCUGGGACGCGCGACCUGCUCUCCGGGGCCUUAGUGGGCGAGCGCGGGGCGGGGGGACGGCCAGCCGGGCAGUGGGAACGGCGGGACCCCUGUCCCCGGGCCCUGUCCCCGGCCCCGCCCCGUCUCCCCCUGGUCCACAGCCCCGCCCCCCACCUCCUGCCCCCCCCCCCCCCCCCCCGCGCUUACCGGGCCAGCGGGGCCCGGGACAGUGUCACGGCUCCUUGCGACGGACCCUGCGCAGAAGGGUGUUCUCAGCUUCUGCGGCCGAACACGCCCCUCAACAGCACGGACGGUGUCGUCGAGACCGCGCUGGCCUUCGGAGGCACGUGCGGUUUUCCGGAGACGAGCCACGGGCGCAGCCUGGUCGUUCCCACGGCCGCUGCCCAGGGUGGCCUCCGCCGCCGGCUCCGGUGACAGCAGCGGGACUGCCGGGCCGGGACCCCCCGAGCUCUGCUUCCUGUCGCUGA